AUUAUAAGGAAAAAAAUGUCACCAUCUCCUUCUUCUGUUUGUCUUUCAACAAUUCUCUGUGCCAUAAUUUUCAUCGGAAAAUCAACAGCACAAGAUCUGCGCACUGAAACUUUGACCCCCACUCAGGAAAACCCUUGUUUGAAGGAGCAGACAACCACUUGUGGUGAAUGCAUUGCCAUCUCUACCCUGUGUGCAUUCUGUACAGACCCAGAGUAUGAUACCAAUAAUUAUCCCAGGUGUGACCUUUUGACCACACACCAGAAGCAGGUGAAUAAUCAGCCCAGGUGUAAAAACAUCGUUAAUCCAUCCUCCGUCCUAACAAAGACAAAGGAUGAUAGAUUGGUGGACGGAGACACAAACAGAUAUGCAGUACAGAUCAGACCCCAGAAAAUCGAUCUAGAGUUAAGACCAAAUGACCCCCAGACUUUUGACCUGACAUUCAAACUGGCAGAGAAUUACCCUGUGGAUCUCUACUACCUCAUGGACUUGUCCAAUUCCAUGGCUGACGAUAAAGAGAAGCUGGCCAGUUUAGGAAUCAAAAUCGCUGAGGACAUGAGUCAAAUCACUAAGAAUUUUAAGCUAGGUUUUGGCUCCUUUGUUGACAAAGUGGUGAUGCCCUACGUCAGCACAGCCCCAAACAAAAUUAACAGCCCUUGUGCAGGCUGUGAGAAAGCAUAUGGUUUUAGAAAUGUUCAUCCACUCAACCCCAAUGCUACACUGUUUAGGGACAAGGUGAAUGCUGCUAGAGUGUCGGGGAAUCUGGAUGCCCCAGAAGGAGGCUUUGAUGCCAUUAUGCAGGCCGUGGCUUGUGAGAGUCAGAUUGGUUGGAGAAAUCGCUCCAGAAGAAUGCUGUUGUUUUCUACUGAUGCAGGAUUCCACUAUGCUGGUGAUGGCAAGCUGGGAGGGAUUGUGAAACCCAAUGAUGGCCUCUGUCAUCUUAGUCUGGAUGGAAUGUACACCGAAAGCUCCAAUCAGGAUUACCCCUCCAUCAGCCAGGUAGCUGUCAAGGCAAAGGAGAAGAAUGUCAACAUCAUCUUUGCUGUCACCCAAGAUCAGAAACCAAUUUAUGAUCAGCUAAAGCCUAUCAUUGCUGGCUCCGAAACCGGAAUCUUGGCCUCUGAUUCUCAAAACAUUGUAAAACUGGUCCGAGAUAACUACUUGGCAAUCACCUCAAAAGUCGAACUUAUUGUGGAAAAUUCUGAUAAUGUGGAUGUAAAAUUCAAAACAAAGUGUUUAGGAACUGAGAUGAAAGAUACUAACAAGUGUGAGAAUCUUCAAAUUGGACAGUCCGUUAACUUCAGUGUGACCUUGGAAGUGAAAUCCUGUCCACCUAAAGGUCAGGAGGAGAAAGUCCUGAAGAUCAAACCAGUGGGGCUGUACGACACGUUGACCGUUAAUCUGACAUUUAAGUGCAAGUGUGAUUGUGAAUCUGAGGCUAUAAUGGAGGCCAACAAAAACCACCCUAAUUGUAACGGCAAUGGCACGUAUGUGUGUGGGAUGUGUGUCUGUAAUGAGCCGUACUUUGGGGACAAGUGUGACUGCAACAAAGGAACAGGAACCAUCGCAGACAAAGAGAAGGAAUGCAUCCAGUAA